UCCCAUCAUGCAAUUCUGGACGGAAAUGUAAGAGAAAAAGACUGGCCUUUGUGCGCGUCUUGUUUUUCCUCGAUUUCAGUCACUUAAUUAACCGAAGCCUAGACGACGUGACAGGCAUUAGCCACAUUCCGGACUCAAACAUUAGUCUUCUAGUCUCAGCACUCGUUGAAGUUUUGCAACCUACCUUAGCCUAGCCUAGCUGGCCAACCGCAAACAAAGCUGCAAGACACGUCCUCAAACGUUCAGAAAAUGUACGGGAGAACGACAGCGGCUGCAGGUGAGGUCCAGGAGGAACUCUGUGGAGUAAAAGAGGGGGCCCCGCGUCACCAACACUCCCUUGACACACUAGAAGACAUCUCAGACUCCCAGCCUGUAGGAUGGCACAGGCUAUAUCUCCUCGAACCUUCAGAACUUCGGAAAGAUGUCAGCCAAGCUCAUCUUCCUGCGCACCAGGAGUCUGCAUGCAUCAAGGAGGAGGGGGAAGAGUCGCUAUGCAUCAAGGUGGUGGAGGAGGAAGAGUUGCCAUGCAUUAAGGAGGAGGAGGAAGAGUUCAUACACCUUCAAGGUUUCCGAAAAUAUCUUGUUGCUGAGCGGCAGGAGCCAGAAUCUCCUGGCGUUAAAGAGGAUGUUGAGCACCCCAAAAUCAAAGACGAGGAGCCAGAGCCCUGUCAACAGGAGAGAGAAGAGCAAUAUCCGAUCAAGGAGGAGGAGGAGCUGCCAUACGUUAAAGAGGAGGAAGGUAUCAACACAUCGACUGAUGAGCCCUUGAAGAGUGAAGAUUAUCGGAGUGAGGCCAGCAGGGGGGCGGAGCCUCCAAGCGGCAGCAGCAGCUCAACAGGAGGAUUGCAAGCAGAUUUUUUCAUCGCUGCAUUAAACAGAAAUGGCGCCACAUCACACUCACCUUACAACGAUGAUGGUCAUAAGAAAUCUUACCCUGAUGAUAAACUCUGCAAAUGCUCUCAGUGUGGAAAAACCUUUACUAAAAACUAUACUUUACAAAUGCAUAUGAGGAGCCAUACUGGCGAAAAACCUUUUGUCUGCUCAGUUUGUGGAAAAGGUUACGCUAAGAAGCAAUCCUUAAAACAACACAUAAGAACCCAUACUGGUGAAAAACCUUUUUCCUGCUCAGUUUGUGGUCGUGGAUUUAUUUGCAAGAGCUUCUUAACAAUACACGAAAGAACCCAUACUGGCGAAAAACCUUUUUCCUGCUCAGCUUGUGGUCGAGGAUUCAGUCGCAAGAGCGCCCUAAAACAACACGAAAGUACCCAUACUGGCGAAAAACCUUUCUCCUGCUCAGUUUGUAGUCAAAGAUUCAAUUGGAAGGGCAGCUUAAACAAACACACAAGGACCCACACUGAUGGAAAUCCUUUUCUCUGCUCAGUUUGUGGUCGAGGAUUCAGUUGCAAGAGCUCCUUAAAAAUACACGACAGAACCCAUACUGGCGAAAAACCUUUUUCCUGCUCAGUUUGUGGAAAAAGAUUCAUUGACAAGCAAAUCUUAAAAAGACAUGAAAAAACCCACACAAGAGAAAAACCUUUUUCCUGCUCAGUUUGUGGUCGAGCAUUCAGUUGCAAGAGCUCCUUAAAAAUACACAAAAGAAACCAUACUGGCGAAAAACCUUUCUCCUGCUCAGUUUGUGGCAAAAGAUUUACUAACAAGCACACUUCAAAAAGACAUGGAAGAACCCACACAAGAGAAAAACCUUUUUCCUGCUCAGUUUGUGGUCGAGGAUUCAGUUGCAGAAGCUCAUUAAAAAUACACGAAAGAAAGCAUACUGGCGAAAAACCUUUUUCCUGCUCAGUUUGUGGUCAAGGAUUCACUCAGAAGGAUUUAAUUAAGAGACACGUGUGUGUAGGUGUGACUGAUUUGCCUCUCAUCCAUGGUAGCGUCAUCAGAUUUUGCACACCGGAUGAUUGUACUCUAUAGAGCAGUUUUGUUUUUGGCAGCCCUUUUAAUUUUUGUCUUUGUCUUUUGGACAAAAAAACUUAUUUGCCUUUGUCAUAUUUUAGUUAUUUCAAUAUGUGUUCGUCUUCGUCUAGUUGUAGUCAAUAAAAUGUUAUAGAAUUUCAUCUUGUUUUAGUCGAGAGCUACUCAAAAUGUUUUCGUCUGUGAAAUUCAAAAGUUUUGGUACAAAAAUGAAGGUUUUCAACAAUUUCGAAUCAACAAAGACAGACAAGCACAUAUUGUAGCGUCUCGAAGGAAAAUGACAACUUUGUGAUGAUAAUACACACUCGGCAGGAAAAGUAGUUCAUUAUUUUCAAUUAAACCCACUUAGAAGCUACAAAUUGUAUGGAAAAAAAUUGUCGGAGUAUUUAAGAGGAUGCUUGCUAAUGCAAACCUAAAUGCGAUGCUAAUGCAACGAGUUACAUUUAGUGUGUGAAAUAUUGUUUAGCACAGACCUUAAAAGGCUAAAGCAACAUUACAUAUUCUGUCUUGCAAAGAUACGAAAACAAAUCUUACCAUGUGUUUCCAAGCGUAAUGGAGCACAGCCCAGCUUGAAACUCAUUCUCAACUCCAGUGAGGAGAGUGAGGGAAAGGUGCAGCACUUCUCGCAUGAGUGACACGACCCAAACACUGCUACGAUGCAAGCUGAUGUACUCCACAUACAAUAUGAAAAUGUCACGCUGACAGAAAUGAUGUGGCAUUUUUGUCUCGUCGUCGUCUCGUUAUUUUGCAGUCUCCCUAGCCAUGUUUUUAGCACAUCGUUAUUUUAGCCUCUUCUGAAGACGGUACACAAGAAAGCCCGCCCGUCUCAUCAGACCACAGGACAUGGUUCCAGUAGUGCAUGUGCUUUGUUGACAUGUCAUCAGCAAACUGUUUGUGGGCUUUCUUGUGUACCGUCUGUAGAAAAGGCAGCCAUGCACACCAAUUUGAUGUAGAGUGCGGUGUAUGGUCUGAGCACUAACAGGCUGACCCCCCCACCUCUUCAAUCUCUGCAGCAAUGCUGACAGCACUCCUGUAACGAAUCACAUGACAUUUUGGAGGAAAAAUGAGAAGCAGUAAUCAAUUUUUUUACAUAGGGGUGUAAUGGCUAUAUUGAGUUAUUUUGAGGGGAAAUUAAAUGAACUCUUAUAUAAGCUGCACACAGAAUACUUUUCAUUGUGUCAAAGUGUCAUUUUGUCAGUUUUGUCCCAUGACUUACUUAAAUAUCUGCAGAAAUGCGAGGCGUGUACUCACUUUUGUGAUACACUGUAAGACAAUCGACAACCACGCCACCGUGUGACAGGAUCCUGGGUAGUUUUGUGUGAUUUUUUGCUUGGAAUCCCGAGAAUAAGACUGAAACAUCACUCGGUUCGGUUUAGCGUGUCGGCUAGCUGUCACGCCUCCUGGUUUGUUCACACUCUCUGAAGCCGGGGCAGGGAAAUGACAAAAAAACUCUGGUGGCAUAAAAUACAGUUUGGGGGCACAUUGGACUUCUGGUAUAGCGGACAAGUGAGCGGUAGCAUAAAACAGCAGCUCCCAGGUGGUCUAAUCCCCCCUUAAAAAGAAACGCCACAAAGGUUGAUUUAAGUGUUUUAAAAACAGUUCUAAGGGGGGAAUAAUGAAGAAGAGAAGAUGAGGAUGUUUUAUCCUCAUGUGAGGGCGACGAACACGCUGCAGAUGCUACCGAGCUAACCCAGACGGCAAGGCUAUGAAGAUUCGCAUAGCUGCCGAAAUCAAAGAGAUUCGCGCCAUUGUCAAAAAAUAGAUCAACGAAGCCACUGGAAAAAUUACGAAAGAUCUCGCCGACUUCAGAGAAGAGAUCAACGAGAAAUUUUGUACUCUUAACACUGACCUGAAAGACGCGAGUAACAGGGUUGAGGACGCCGAACGGAGAGUUUUGGAAAUGGAGGCCCUCAGCGUGUAGUUGAGAGAAGCAGUCACCCACACUCGGGAGCAGCAAGAGCGGUUUCAGGACCGGGUCAACGAUUUGGAAGCACGUAUGAGGAGGAAUAAUAUCCAAAUUCAUGGCAUGAUGGAAGGUUCGGAAGGUGAUGACAUCAUGGAAUUCAUUGAGUGUUUCAUUAAGACCGAACUUGAUCUCCCGGACAUGCCAUUGGGGCUACAGCGAUGCCACCGUUCACUUGGCCCAAAACCACCACAGGAGGCCAACCCGAGAUCGGUUGUACUUCGCUUUCUGGAGUUCAGGAUGAAAGAGCUUGUGCUCCGUUCCGCAUGGAACAAAAAAGAUAUCCGCUACAAAGGAAGGCGCAUCUUCUUUAAACAGGACUUCACUGCCGAUAUACUGGCGAAGAGAAAGGCCUUCACGCCAGUCAGAAAAGCCCUGAAGGAAAAGAACAUACGCUUUCAGACUCUUCAUCCGGCGCGGCUUCCCGUUCACCUCGACACUGGUCGUGUGACCUAUGGAGAUCCUCGGGAGGCCGUCGCUGAUCUGAAAAAAAGAGUGAUCGACGCGGGACCAUCGACCUCCUCUACAAAAAGGAUGACACAAUCUGCGUGGGAGAAAGUAGGUGCACCGCGCCACGAUGGAGUUUCGAGGCCGGGGACCAUUAGAGAGAGGCUGAAGGAAUUUCGGUGCACCGAUGUAAUCAAAUCCACACCUUCUGAGGCACCAGCAUGUGUUGAACCGAGAAUGGCUAAACAAGUUUUUUCUUCUGUUGUUUGAGUAAUUUUUGAUAUUUCCCCACCCGGGAUGUUCCGCUCAUUUUUUUCCCCUUUUACGCGUGCCGCUACAGUCGGACUGGCUCUGACAAGUGAGUACGGACCGCGGGGGCCCCCCUUGAAAGAGAGGGACUCCCCCCGCAACUUAACGGUGUAUCAAUACACACCCAACGUUUGGAAGUCGCCUUUGAUUUGGUAUGUCUGUUUCACUUUUUGUUAUUUUCGAAUGUUAAUUUUGUCGUGUGUUCUGAGUUUGUUGUUGAUUUUGAGGAGCAGGGAACCUAUAAGCGUUAUUGUAUAUGUGAAAAUAUGUAUGGCAAACGUUUGAAACUUGUCUCUAUUAAUAUCAAUGGUUUACAUAGUCCAGUAAAAAGGUGGAAAACACUAUCUAAACUGAAAAAAGAUAAAGCGGAAAUAGCUUUUAUACAAGAGAAACACCUGACAGACGAGGAACAUUUAAGGCUGAACAAAAUGGGUUUUAAACAUGUUUUUUACUCCUCACAUAGCUCAGGACGAAGGAGAGGUGUUUCGACCCUGAUAUCUGGGGCUUUAAAUUAUGAACAUAUAUCAGAGUAUAAAGAUAGAUAAGGCAGAUAUGUAAUGAUAAUUGGGAAAAUUGCGGGUAACCUGAUAACAUUAUUCAAUGUGUACAUCCCUCCCCGCAGUGAUUUGACUUUUUACAAAUAUACUCUGAAGGUAAUAAUGAGAAAAAGUCCAGGUACAUUAAUAUGUGGUGGAGAUUUUAACAUUGUGUUAAACACUUCACUUGACACUUCAAACGGCAAAGGUGACCACAAAAUGAUUAGAAGGAAGAUGGCACUCCUCAUGGAAGAGAUAGGUGUAGUAGACGUAUGGAGAGAGAAUAACCCACGAAAAAUGGAAUAUACCCACUUCUCCCACCCUCAUAAUGUAUACUCCCGAUUGGACAAUAUUUUUAUGUUUAAAAAAGAUUUAACACUAGUGAAAAGUUGUGAAAUUGGAACCUCCAUAAUUUCAGACCAUAACCCAGUUUCUGUUAUUGUCCGUCUUAAAAGUGAGAAAAGAUUUACGCUCUGGAGAAAGAAUAAUAACAUCUUGAAUUGCUCAAAUAGCAAAGAUAAAUUAAUUGAAUCAAUUAAAGAAUUCCUUGAAUUUAAUGAUAAUGAUGAGGCAGAUGAGCUCUCCCCUGGUACCUUAUGGGAUGCACUUAAAGCAGUUAUAAGAGGCAUAAUUAUAGCACUAUCUACUUACCAGAAGAAAAAUAAAAACUACAAAUUAGCAGCCUUAGAGGAAAAUUUGUUAAAACUCCAACAAGAGCAUUUUGGAUCAUUGAAAACUGUAACAAAGAUUGAAAUACAAAAAUUGAAAAAAAAAAAAAGAUGAUAUUAGCACUGCGAAUGUACAAAAGAAAAUGAUAUUUGCAAAACAGCAACAUUACGAAGCUGGUGGAAGGUCUUUGAAAUUGCUUUCUUAUAACUUACGGAAACAACAAGCAGAGAGGACGAUAUACAAAAUUAGAAAUCCUUUAAAUAACCAAAUAGAGUUUAAACAAAACAAAAUCAAACUAUGCUUUCAAAAUUACGACAGAGAUCUAUACUCUCAACAAAAUAUAGAUAACCAUGAACAAAUAGAUUCCUUUUUGGCACAGUUAGAUCUACCAACUUUGACAAAUGAACAGAAUGUUAAACUCCUUGCAGCAAUCACAAAAGAAGAGAUUCAAUGAGCUAUUAAGAAGUUAAAAAAUGGAAAAAUGGCAGGAGCUGAUGGAUUUGGCCCAGAAUGGUACAAAAUAAUGGAGAUCCACCCGAUACCAACUUUGAUUAAAACAUUUAACUGGGUGAUGAAAAAAAAAAAGGAAAUUCCAAAUUCAUGGAGGGAAGCAAUAAUAUCAGUACUGCCAAAAGAAAGGAAAGAUGUAUUAAAUUGUAGUAGUUAUCGCCCAAUAAGUGUUCUUAAUACAGAUUAUAAAAUACUUACAUCCAUUCUUUCGAAACGAUUAGAAACACUUUUACCGUCAUUGAUACACAAAGACCAAACUGGGUUUAUAAAACAGACAAACACAGGAUAGUAUUAGGAGAGUUUUAAACAUAGUAGAACAUGUCUCAUCACAAACAACAAAUGCUGAUUAUUGGGGUGGAUGCAGAGAAGGCGUUUAACUCUGUUAGGUGGACUUUUUUAUACAAGGUAUUAGACAAAUUUAAAUUUCACAAAUCUGUAAUUGAUAUAAUCUCAGGAAUAUAUAAUAAACCAUCUGCUAGAACAGGGGUCGGCAACCUAUGACACGCGUGUCAGCACUGGCACGCGAAGGGUUAACCAGUGACGCGAGCGCAUGGCAAAAUAUAUAUAUAUAUUUUUUUUACCUGAAAUUAUGACAUUUUUAGUUGCACGCCCUGUUAUUUAGGGCUUUGCAGGAGCGUCCCUCCCGACCCCUCUGCCUAUAGCGUUAUUUGCGAACAAUUAUGGAUUUUGAGCACACUUCCAGCUCUUCAAUUUUUCGAUUCCUGCGCUCGUCGUUUUUUUUUUUUUUUCCCCUCUGCGCGCUCAAUUCUGCGCGCUCAAUUCAGCACCCGCUACUAACGUGUCAUGAAGCCAACCAGUCAGAGAGCUGGCGGAAGUACACAGUGUCACCAAUCUGCACUUUUUGGUGCUGUUACUCCAAGCCCCAGCGUGGAGGCCGGCGGGCCAGUAAGCGAGUAGACAGCCGGCGAAUCGCCAGCGUCCGCGCCGGGAGCCCCGUCGCUUUAACUUUGAAUUGAGAUCCCGAUGUCACACACUCGCCCCGGCGCGGAGGCCGGUCGCUUAAGAUACGGGACUGUACACCCCUGUCCCGGCGCAUCGCAACACUCUGGUUGGACCCCGACUGCCAGCUGUCAGGUCAGGGCAGCGGGUGAAGCGAUGCUUGCACUGUAGUAUGGAGUGGACCAGCGAUUAACGUGGCUUGUUGCCGUCGAUUCGUCCGGUGCUUACUUCGGAGAGGUGGCAAUGUGUAUAAAAACACUGUGACGCGUUGGAUGGCGUUUUACUGGAGACUUUUAUUAAACAAAACAAAAACCAGCGGGGGACACAGCCUCUUCUCUCCUUUUCACGGCGCUCUCCGCUCUCUCUCAACACCUUUCUUUGCUCCCUCUCUUUUUCUCGCACAGACGCCCAAUUUUUCUUCUACACUUAACUAGUAAGCCGAUCAUAUUGUAGAGGACAGCGGCCCCUUGGGGAUACCGGUAACAACUGGUUGCCUGGUUACUUCCGGUAGCUCUUUUGUGCAUUAUGCCUCGAGAGUGUUGUGUGUCGCACAACAAGUGUCAAACGCCACUACGAGACAAAACAUGAAAAUUCAUAAAAAACGGGGCCAAGGAACACAUUAAAGUGGGCAUCUUUUAUAUUUGUAAUAUAAAAUAUAAAAUUGUGCAUAUAAUUCACUGUUUAAGUUGCUAGUGAACAAGACAAAAUGUAAGAGUCGGCUGUUCUGACUUUGAAGGCUCUCUGUACUGUGAGAGACCUGCACUGAGAACCACACCUGUUCCCCUUUGCCUGCUGGUGUGUGUGUGUGUGUGUGUGUGUGUGUGUGUGUGUGUGUGUGUGAUAUGUUUGCAUAAAAUGGUACAGCUGUACAGCUGUUAUUACUGUUGCACUUAUUUUCAAGUUUUGAUAUUUUCUACAAUAUGCAUUAGUUUUUAGUUAAUUGAUGAAGACGAAUGGUAGUUAUACAAAUUAAAUGUAUGUCCAUGUUUUUUUUAUUUGGAGUAAAAUUACAGCUCUGCCGGAUAUAAAAAUUCGGAUGCGCGUCAUUAAUCUUGGGGUGGCACACUGAUUGACAAGAAAAUUUGAAAGUGGCACUCCACACCAAAAAGGUUGCUGACCCCUGUGCUAGAAUAAAAAUUAAUGCGGAUCUCACGGAGUCAAUCGUAUUACACAGAGGAAACAGACAAGGAUGUAAUCUUUUGGCACUUCUCUUUGCGUUAUUUAUUGAACCGUUAGGUCAAUGGAUGAGGCAAAGAAAAGAUAUCAAAGGAAUUAUGAUGGCUGGUGAAGAACAAAAACUUGCUUUAUACGCUGAUGAUUUACUAUUAACAUUAACCCAACCUACACAAACAUUACCAAUAACAAUAAAAAAGCACUAGAACAAUCGAAUCAAUAAGAACGAAUGUCCUCCCUCAACUGCUGUAUUUAUUUCAAUGUUUAACGUUUUUAAUACCACCAAAACAAUUUAUGGAGUGGGACAAAAUGAUAUCAAGGUUUAUAUGGAUGGGCAAAAAGACUAAAAUAAAAUACUCCACAUUACAACUGAAGAAGGAUAAGGGUGGUAUAAACCUUCCUUGUGUACGUGAAUAUGUUUUUUGCUGCCCAUUUGAGACCACUUGUUUGUGUGUGCUCCCCGGUUUACACAUCAGGUUGGAAAGAUCUUGAUGAGAAAACAAGACAAAAUAUCCCAUUGAAAGCGCUAUUAUUUGACGCAAAAUUACAGCAGGCAAAUAACUUUAAGCUAAACUUUCCAGUACUAUGUUUGUAGCAUUAAACGAAAUUAUUCAAAUAUGCAAUUUGGAAAGGGAAACAAAAAUUUACAGACAGUGCGCCUAUGACUCAGAAUUCACCCCCAAUAAAUAUGAUAAUCCUUUUGAAAUCCAAAAUUUUAAUGUUAACAGAUUAUAAAUUAUUUACCCACGAGGGGACACUUCAAUCAUUUGAAGUUUUAAAACAAAAACAUGGUUUGGGUUCUGAUGACUUUUUCAGGUAUUUACAGGUCAGGCACUACAUAAAUCAAAACAUAAAAAAAAAUGUUGCUGAAGGUUUUUUACAAACAUUAAUAACUCUAACGAAAUCACCUCACCCAACAAGAAUACUUUCUAAAUUAUACAACAGUGUACUGGUGAGUAAAGGGGGGAGCACACACUAGUAUGUGAAGGAGAAAUGGGAAAAAGAAGGGAGGAUUAUUAUUACACAAGAAGAAUGGACUGAUACAUGUAAAACACAAUGGAUUGGAUUACGACUAGGUCAAACAGCCGGCGUAAAUUUUGUUUGAAGAACACAAUGGGGUUUUUUGUUACACCGGUCCAGAAAAACUAUCAAGGGACGCGAGAUGCAUGUUGGAGAUGCAGCAGCAGUAGAGCAAACCAUUUCCAUAUAUUCUGGGAAUGCACUGUUAUACAAAAAUUCUGGUUGGACAUUCAUUAUCAUCUACAAACAUUUUUAAUUUUGACAUCCCCAUGUCCUUUGUUACCAUGUACUGAUGUAAAAUAAAUGUGCAACAAAUUAGCUGUAAUAAAAAGAAACUCAUCCACAUUCUAUUGGCUGCAAGCCAAAAAGCAUUGACAAGUAAGUGGCUUAAACCUGAACGAACAACAACAGAGGACUGGAUUGACGUAGUUCGAGAGAUUUUCAUUAUGGAGAGGAUCUCCUACGCACUAAAAUUACACCUGGACAUGUUUUACUUGAUGUGGACAAAAUGGACAGAAUAUGUUAAGCCUGUACGAAAUGAUUUUGGUUAAUAUAUGCUUAUACAUAACAAUUUCUUUCAUGUAAAAAAUAUGGCGAAUUAAUAGGUUCCCUGCUCCUCGGUUGUUGUUUUUACUUUAUUAUUUAUUUACUAUUAUCAUUAUUAUUAUUAUUAUUUUUUAAACCUUAUUUUGUUUGUUAAAAAAAAAAAAAGGAAAAGCAGAAGAAAACUAAAAAAAAAAAAUUUUUUUUCCGUCUGGUAUGUUGAAAGAACAAAUGGCUUUUCAAUAAACAAUAAAUGUGAAAAAAAAAAAAAAUACAGUUUGGGAGGUGCAAAAAGUGGACAGUUUUGACCAUUAUUAUAUUAUUAAGUCAUUUUGCCAUGUUGUACUGAAUAAAUGCAUUUAUAAUAUUUCAUAUUCCAUUUGGCACAAGACUGUAAUUUGUCAUGACCAUACCAUUUAUUUAGCAAUUGGGGAAAAAUACUUGGAUAAAAAGAAUAUCCUAUAAAAAUUUUGGAGUAGAGAGACUGAAACUGACAUUUGCGUCUCUCUUUGUUGCAUUUUCCUCGUUCUGAAUAAUUGCCCCUGAAUGGACUGAAUUCUAAAUCAGAUGAAACUAUGACCCUGCCGACGUCACCCUCCUGUUGGGGACGCUAGGGCCCUAUAGACCCUACUCACCUACGUCACAAAAUGGGUGUGUCGCUGUUUCCGGCCGCCAUACUGUACCUCUUUUUCAGACCUAUUCUCAUUGUUUUCAAUUAGUCGAGCAAGUUAUAGAGCAAUUCAUGGAAGCCCCGGUGUUAUCUGACGCUGUAAACUCAUUGGAUCCGUUGCAUAAAAGGCGUUACGUGGAAAAGCUUCAGUUUAUCCAUUCGCCAGAUCCGUAUUUGAUGCCUAAAUCGAUGUUUUUCGACCCGCUGGCUUCGCCUGACAUCUGAUAUCCUGAUAUUUACAACUAUCUUGUCCACACAAAAUCAGCCUAUUCUCACGAAAGUUUGAAAAACUUUAAGAGCUUGGAGGCUUAUAAAUGCUACGUUGCUGGUUGGGUGAAACACGUCCUCGUACACGAAAAUUCGGCAGGAAUCUUGUGCUCGGAAGGUGAGUUACGAAAUUUUCAAUUCAAAAUCUUUUGUUCUUGGUAACAUCCACUGUCAAGUCUAAUGUAUUUCAUGUCAUUUGUCAAUGGAUCUAGGGCUUUUAAUGUUUAUAUGGUUUA